GCAUGAGAAUUACGUCCGCUUCGAACCGCUCAUUCUGUCUCAAUUCAGUCGGUUACAAUCUUCCUGGUUGCAUUGUAGGAAACGAACACGGCGAGGUUUCUGAGAAAAAUGGUUUCCGGACGUGCGUUGCAUUUUGUAUUCAAGAUACCUGAUCGUAGGUUAACCGCGAAAUUUUAUCGCGAGAUUCUCGGAAUGAAGGUGCUAAGGCACGAAGAAUUCUCAGAUGGAUGCGAAGCUGCCUGUAAUGGACCAUAUGCAAAUCGUUGGAGCAAAACAAUGAUAGGAUAUGGCCCUGAAGAUACACAUUUUGUGAUUGAGUUAACAUAUAAUUAUGGAGUUAAAGAGUAUGAAACUGGAAAUGAUUUUAAAGCCAUCACUAUUCGUUCCAAAGAUGCAAUUGAAAGAGCGCGUGCUAAUAAUUGGCCUGUACAAGAAGAAGAUGGGAAGUUUGUAGUGGAAGCACCUGGUGGAUAUAAAUAUCAUCUUAUUAAUGAGCAGUGUCCUGCUAACAGUGAUCCAGUAGACAAAGUUACUUUAUCCAGCUCUAAUCUUGAACGCACUAUUGCGUAUUGGAAGGACAUUCUGGGAUUAAAGAUAUUUGAUCGGAAGGAUAAAAGUGUAUUGAUGGGCUACAGUGAAGACCAAGCUAAGCUCGAAUUUCAAGAUAUUGGUACUGAAGUUAAUCAUGCAAAGGCAUAUGGACGCAUAGCUUUCGCAGUGCCGCUUUCGGAGCAACCGUCAAUUCAAAAAACUAUUAAAGAAAGUGGAAAUAAAAUCUUGACUGAUCUUAUAACUCUAGAUACGCCAGGAAAAGCUUCUGUAAGGGUUAUUAUUCUUGCUGAUCCAGACGGGCAUGAGAUUUGCUUUGUGGACGAUGAAGGAUUCAGACAACUGUCAGUCCCGGAUUAUCCAAGUGAAGCAAUUUUAGAUAAAUACAUUCAGAAUGAAGAUAGAUAAUGCAAAAAAAUUACUUUUCCAUUUGAAGUAUUCUUAGUUUAAGAAAAUUAUAUUGAGGGUUUCGAGGGUUUACAUAGAAGUGUAAGCCCGAAGUCGCAACUUUACAGGAACGAAAAAAACGUUUUAAAAUUUGAAUUUUGUACGUAGAACUGCAAUUUUCAUAAAUUUUGGAUAAGAAGGCAUUAAAAAUACAGACACACUUCUAGAUUUGCAAAAUAUUAAUUCCUAAAAAUUGGAGAUACGCCCUUCUGUUAUGAAACCCUCGAUAUGAAACAUUAAUGGUGAUGGGAUAUUACUUACAAAGAAAUAAAUACUUAAAUAAUGCAGUACAAUUAAAAAUAUGCAAAUAAAAAAUGUUUGUACAAAUUGAUGUAUAAAAGAUUGUAUAAAAGAUUAA